AUGGCUGUGGCCUCUUUCACUCUAAUAAUGGACCUGCUCCUCAGCCUAGUAAUGUGGAUCUCUCUGCUGCUCUCCAGCUUUACAUGUGUCUUCACAUUCAUGCUGCCAGACAUCAGUGAGCCUGACUUCAUUCGCAGGUGCGUGCAGGCACACAAUGCCCAGCGCUCCCGAGCUCAACUGCCUGCUGCCAACAUGCGCUCCAUGUCCUGGGAUGAUUCACUGGCAAGAGGAGCUCGGUCCUGGGCAAAACAUUGCAAAGGAUCCCAUAAUCCUGUGCUACAGCAACAUGGCCUGGCUCAUCCCGAGUUCCGACGGGCUGGGGAGAACAUCUGGCUUGGUGCACCAUUCUCAGCCUUUACAGUGGAGUCAGCUAUCAACAGCUGGAACAGAGGAAGUGCAGAUUACACACUCCAAAACAGCAGCUGUGCCAGAAUCUGUGGUCACUACACACAGCUAAUGUGGACAACUAGCUAUAGGAUUGGCUGUGCUGUCCAUGUUUGUUCUAAAGGAAUUGAAAACUUCUCCAGUCAUCCAGAAUCUACCAUUUUUGUGUGCAACUAUGGUGAUGGAGGACCUAUGUUUGGAUUUCCUCCAUAUAUAGUGGGUCUGGCCUGCAGCAACUGUGGUGUAGAGAAAUGCAAAGAUAAAAACUGCAAAUACAACUGGACACCUGGGUGGGAUUUCGGCCCCACCGGCUCAGCUGACAAGGUUUUUCAUUGGCUGACCAGCUACAAACUGCAACUACCGAUCGGAAUCUGCUGGCUACUUUACUUUUAUGCGACACUCUGAAAUCUCCCAAUAAACUUUAUUCUAAGUUUUUUGAGACUUGCUUUCAGUGCUUUUGAACUUUUUGGAGAUUAUUAUCCAUAACAGGGAAAUUAUAUGAAGACAUGGCUGAGCUAUGAGUCAUGUGUGUGGCAUGAUCCCUGCUGUGUAGGACUGGUGCUACCUUUCAGCUUUCACACAUACUAUUAAUUUAAUAUCUAUAUCAUUUAUAUUAUAUAAUAAUAUCAUUUCAUUUUAAAAUAAAC